AUGGGAGAGAAAAUUAAAUCAAAAUUGCGCAAAUGGGAGUUAGAUGUUAUUGAUUUUAGUUAUAGUGUCCGUCAUUUAAUUUUCUAUUUCGAUAGAAUGGAUGCUGAUACAUUAUCAUAUCAUAUGUUCAAAACUAUGAAAGCAUUUGAAAGAGUGUCUCGUGGUUAUAAUUCUCUUAAAUGUGAAAAAGUUCUAUCUUUAAGUGGACCAUCUAUUGGUGGCAAACCUUUUAAAGGCAACACUUCAGAGAAUGCCUGGAAGGUGAAUAAAAUAGAAAUUGAUUAA